AGCUCCUUCGUACAAGAAAAAUUCAAAGGCUGAUAUCCGUUUGAAUUUUGUCCACUAGCAAACAAAGGCGGCUGAUUUUUAGUGCUGCCUUUGAGGACUAGAUACAGUACUGCCUCUCUUUUUCCCUCUCUUUCCUUCUUGCACCCGAGGGACGAGGAAGAAGAAUGGAGGCGACAGCAAAGCACGAUUUUACAGCGACGGCUGAAGAUGAGCUUAGUUUUCGUAGAAGCCAAGUCCUGAAGAUUAUAAAUAUGGAGGAUGAUAUGAAUUGGUACAGAGCUGAAUUAGAUAACAGAGAAGGACUUAUUCCAAGUAAUUACAUAGAAAUGAAAAAUCAUGACUGGUAUUAUGGAAGGAUAACCAGAGCAGAUGCAGAAAGACUAUUAAUGAACAAACAUGAAGGCGCCUUUCUUAUUAGAAUCAGUGAAAGUUCUCCUGGUGAUUUCUCUUUGUCUGUCAAAUGUUCAGAUGGUGUUCAGCACUUUAAAGUAUUAAGAGAUGCCCAGGGUAAAUUCUUCCUCUGGGUAGUUAAAUUUAACAGUCUUAAUGAAUUAGUAGAGUAUCAUCGUACAGCAUCUGUUUCCCGCUCACAAGAUGUUAAACUAAGGGACAUGGUUCCAGAAGAAUGUUUAGUGCAAGCAUUAUAUGACUUCCAACCUCAAGAACCUGGUGAACUUGAAUUCAAAAGAGGUGAUGUAAUUACUGUUACUGACCGCACAGAUCAGCAUUGGUGGCAUGGAGAGAUUGGUAAUAGACGAGGCCUAUUUCCAUCUACAUAUGUCACUCCAUAUCACUCCUAGGCCUCAUGUUGUGCACACAGAGGCCAAAGGCAUCGGCCACAUUAUCCCACCACUAUCACAUACAGGAUCAGACUU